AUGGGGACCCUCAGCUGCUGCCUGCUGCUCACCCUGGUCCUGCUCGUCCCUCACCAGGCUGCGGCCAGGAAGUGUGACCUGCAGGGCCUGCGGAGGAACGAGCUGGACUCCAACACGACCCUCUUGGCCCUGAACACAGCCGGCACCUUCUCGGGCUUCUACCACACUGCUGGGACAGCCACCAACAAGCAGAUCUGGUCACCCCUGCAAGGGGCCCAGCAGCACCCCGGUGCCAAGAGACACCCCACCUUCGGCUUCUCCGUGCACUGGCAGUUCUCAGACUCCACCACAGCCUUUGUAGGCCAGUGCUUUGUGUAUUGCUGUGGGAAGGAGACACUGGAAACCACAUGGCUCCUGUGGGAAGAGGUCCCAUCCCACAGGGACACCUGGAAAGCCACCAGCUGAGCCCUGU